AUAAAAUCCAGUCUUAUAGUGAGUCUUACAGUGGACCUUGGCAACCCGGUGUUAUCGUGUCCACACAAAUACUCAGUACAGUGUGUCUCAGUAUAUAGGAACAGACAACAUGUAAAUUAUUUGCUGGGUAUCCAGGAUGAUGUAAUGGUGUAAACACGCCUUACUGUCGGCCAUUUACACUGACUUCCUCCUAGCCGCUUCAUCUUUUUACAUGAGCUCCCUGUCCCUGUUUUUUUUUAAAUUAUUUUUAUUUUUUUAGGUGUAUAAUUAUUUCGAAAACAAAACAAACUUACUACAGGCAAAGUCUGCGAGGCUUUACAUUCAAAGCUGUCGUAUCUGAGCUAAACAUUCCGAGAAGUAACCCUUAAAUACAGAUUUGCUGAAAGUUUUCCCAGACUGAAUCUGUCAUGGAGGCUGCUGAAGACGAGAAAACAGGGACAGCACAAGCCCAAGCAGAUCCCGAUGCAUCUAAUCAAGUCCCUAAAGACCUUGAUGUCUGCAAGUUUUUCCUGAUAGGCAGGUGUCAUUUUGGAGACAGAUGUCGCCUGUCUCACAGUAGCACAUCUGCAUCUGCUAAUGAUCAGCUGGUACAAACAGAAGAGAAAGGAUGCAAAAAACAUAAAACCAGAAGAAAGGCAGGCAAAACAGAUAAGGCCAACGAUGAAGAAAGCAAAGGGCCUGAGAAAAAGACGCGUAUGCGCACGGCAGAUGAAGUCAUUUCCAGGAUCCUGUGGGAUACCUCUGUGGACCCAGCGGACUUUAUAGUAGGCCACCUGGACCGCUUUCUGGGAGUUCUGGAACGUCCUUUCUCUGACUUCUCAUGGGACACUCAGCUGUGUGACUGUGACUAUUCAGAGGAAAUGACUAUUCCUCGUCACAGGAUCCAGUACUUCAGCUAUAAAGGCCAGCGUGUGUGGGACAGAGACAGUCGCACUGACCAUGUGUUUGGCUCCACAGGACAGUCAGUAAUGUCCCCAUUUGAUAGGGGUGAUCAACCACAAGACAAUGCUGCUCCAGAUACAGCAGAAGACAGGGAAGAAUCGUCUGUCGAGAAAAAUGAGCAGAAUUCCAUUAACCACAGCUUAAUGGGAGCUGCAGACGAGGAACCUCUCAGUGAUGCUGGAGACACAUUAGACUGUAGCACAGAUAUACAAAUGGACAAAGACUGUGAGGAUGAAGACCUAGCUCAAGAGGCAGAGGGACUAUCCAUAUCUCCAAGAGAUGAACAAAUCACAACACAGGGUGAAUGGACAGAUAGCUGUGACAAUGAAGAAGUGGAGGAGGAAGAGGUGGAGCCUGCUCAGCCCAUACCUCAAGAGCCAUGCCCAGGCCGCCAACCACGCAGGCCUACUCAUUUCAUUUGCUUCCGUGUGGACUCACCUGCUGCCUUGCGGGCCUUCCAACUUGUCCAGAGGAAAGUCCUGACCCACUUGCCCCAAUCAGAACCGUUCUGGGUGAAACCAGAGUCACUGCAUGUUACUCUCUCUUUGCUCGUUCUUCAAGGCCCUGCCGAGGUUUUUGCUGCUAGUGAGCUCCUUCGCUCAGUGGUCAAAACCUUCUACAAACCACCCAUCUCUGUCUUCUUCACUCCUAGACUAAGGCAUUUCAAUGGAAGAGUUCUGCAUGUAGCCCCCAAACCCCUCUCAGACAUCCAGAGCCUGAACGCUCCACUCCAGGAAGCAUUUAGGGAAAAAGGCUGGCUCCAUCGUAACUCACGAAACCCCAUCUACCAUCUCACGCUAGCUAAAGUGACAGAUGUGGAGGCAGAAAGGAUGUUUGAAGAUGUGUGGCAGAUUAAACUGGCUAAGCAUUUAACCUUUGGGAAGCUGACAGUGGACAAGUUGUAUCUCUGCGUCACCAGUGUUCCUCUGGCUGCAAAUGGCUUUUAUGAGACAGUGUGUUCUGUGAACUUGCCCACUGUAUAAUAGCAAAAGGUUGAUUAUAACAAGAAAUAAUAGUGGAAGUCAUUUUGUACAUACCAAGCAACAAACACAAAAUCUGGAGAGAAAUAAUCUCCGGCUGGCCCUGUUGAAUUUAUACACAUCGUAACAUCUGUAUUUCCCUAAUGUCCAAAUUAUUUUAAUGAUGUUUUUUUAAUUAAAGAUGACAAGCAAAUUUAAAGAAAAUUUUAAAGAAUUUUAGAUCAAAUGUAAAAAUUAACAUGAAUCACACUUGACAAUUUGUCCAAUUUUAUAUUUAUAAUGUGAAGUUUUGUUCAGUUAAAAAAUAUAAUUUAAACCAGCAGUACACAACGUUUGGGGAUUUAGGGGUAUGGAGACCUCUCUGAUGGUAAUACAUAAUUGCAGGCAACUCUGAGAAGAAUGUUUUUUAAUGGUAGUUGUUAGUUACCUCUUCACUGUGCAGGUUUACCUAAUAUAGACAAUCAGGGAUUACUCAGGUUAGGCCUGUCCCACUUACUACAGCAGCUAUUUCAACUGAUCGGUUAUUACAGUCAUUAGAUUUUACGAUCAUGUUUAUGUCACAGAAAUAAUUUGUACAAGUUAGGCCUGUCACGUUUAUUACAGCAAAUAUUUGAGCUGAUCUGUUUCCACAGUCAUUAGAUUUGACAAUCAUGUUCAUGUAACAAGAGAGGGUAUAAACUAGGUGUGUUUUCAUCAGUUGGCAAAUAAAUAACAUCCUGAAACAGCA